AGACAGAGGAGAUUGAUGAGGAAGUCUUCUCAUGGCUGAAGUGUGCAAAGGGUCAGUCUCAUGAACCGGAGAAUCUUAUGCCGACACAGAUCAUUCCUGGUACAGCUCUUUACAAUAUUGGAGACAUGGUUCAUGCAGCACGAGGCAAGUGGGGUAUCAAAGCCAACUGUCCGUGCAUUAGCCGGCAGAGCAAAUCCGUGCUGAGACCGGCCGUCACUAACGGAAUGUCACAGCUUCCGACUGCAAAUCCUAGUGCGCCAGUCUCUGGAAAUGAGAGCACGUUUUCCACUGGGGCAGGGACAGCAGCAGGGACGCAACUAGAAAUGGACACUGUUCCAAAAUCUGAAGCAGCUGAUAGUAGGAUAGAAGAAUCUGCAAAACCAGACCCAUCACCAAGCAAUAACACUGGUGACAUGAAGACUACCAGACCCCUUUGUCCAGAUGCAGCUCCAUCCUCAGCCUUACACUGGCUCGCAGAUCUAGCAACACAAAAAGCAAAAGAAGAAACAAAAGAUUCAGGAUCACUGAGGUCAGUGCUUAAUAAAGAAUCCCAUUCACCCUUUGGAUUGGAUUCCUUCAACCCCAGUGCGAAGGUUUCUCCACUAACCCCAAAGCUGUUUAAUAGUCUCUUGUUGGGCCCAGUGACAUCUAGCAACAAAGCUGAAGGCUCCAGCCUCAGAGAUCUACUACACACAGGGCCAGGAAAGCUUCCUCAAGUCCCGUUAGACACGGGAAUCCCCUUUCCUCCAGUCUUUUCUGCAGCUUCUACGGGGGCCAAGGGUAAAGCUAGCCUGCCUAACUUCUUAGACCAUAUCAUUGCCUCUGUGGUGGAAAAUAAGAAGACGUCUGAUGCAGCAAAACGAGCUAGUAAUGUAGCUGAGACACAGCGAGAGGUGAAGGAGAUGGUAAUGGGCUUAAAUGUGUUGGAUCCACACACUUCCCACUCUUGGCUGUGUGAUGGUAGACUCCUUUGCCUUCAUGAUCCUAGCAACAAAAACAACUGGAAGAUCUUCAGGGAGUGCUGGAAACAAGGCCAGCCCGUGCUGGUAUCUGGUGUCCAUAAGAAGUUGAAGUCAGAGCUUUGGAAGCCAGAAGCUUUCAGCCUGGAAUUUGGAGAUCAAGAUGUAGAUUUGGUGAACUGCAGGAACUGUGCCAUAAUUUCAGACGUGAAAGUGCGUGACUUCUGGGAUGGCUUUGAGAUAAUAUCUAAACGGCUCAGGUCAGAUGAUGGUCAGCCAAUGGUACUAAAGUUAAAGGAUUGGCCUCCAGGAGAGGACUUUAGAGAUAUGAUGCCUACAAGGUUUGAGGACUUAAUGGAGAAUCUUCCUCUUCCUGAAUACACCAAGAGGGAUGGCAGACUGAAUUUGGCUUCUCGGCUGCCAAGCUACUUUGUCCGUCCUGAUUUGGGUCCCAAAAUGUACAAUGCCUAUGGCUUAAUUACUGCAGAAGACAGACGAGUUGGUACCACAAACCUGCACUUGGAUGUGUCUGAUGCUGUUAAUGUCAUGGUGUACGUUGGGAUUCCCAUUGGGGAAGGAACCCAUGAUGAUGAGGUUCUGAAAACAAUUGAUGAGGGAGAUGCUGAUGAUGUAACAAAGCAGCGGAUCCAUGAAGGAAGAGAGAAACCUGGAGCAUUGUGGCACAUCUAUGCUGCCAAGGAUGCUGAAAAGAUACGGGAACUCCUCCGGAAGGUUGGAGAAGAACAAGGGCAAGAAAAUCCCCCAGAUCAUGACCCCAUUCAUGACCAAAGUUGGUACUUGGACCAGACCUUACGUAAGCGACUCUAUGACGAGUAUGGUGUACAAGGCUGGGCAAUAGUGCAGUUCCUUGGAGAUGCUGUAUUCAUUCCUGCAGGUGCUCCCCAUCAGGUCCAUAAUUUGUACAGCUGCAUUAAAGUGGCAGAAGAUUUUGUAUCUCCAGAACAUGUGAAGCAUUGCUUCCGUCUGACCCAGGAGUUCAGGCACCUGUCCAAUACUCACACAAACCAUGAGGAUAAACUGCAGGUGAAGAACAUUAUCUACCAUGCAGUGAAAGAUGCUGUUGGCACGCUGAAAGCUCAUGAAUCCAAACUAGCUAGGUCAUAGGAACUGCUGAUUCCAAAUGCCCUGUGAAGGAAGCCUUUUGCUCACAGUGCAUACAGGGACUGCCCAUGACUGCCUCUGCAGGAGCAGAGGUCUCUCACUAAGAGCUGGUGUGGUCAGUAUUACACACACUCUUCAGCCACUGUUUUCUACACUGCCUCAACACUGAAGGCCUAAUGGAAGGUUGCAUAGUUCCGUGCAGAGUUCCAGAUUCCAACGAAAGGUGCCAUGUCCCUUUCCUGUGGCCUUUUCCAAAUUGAAAGAACAUGGAAUCCAUUUGGUGUUCCUGCAUAUUAUGAUUAGAAUUGCUAUAAAGAGUGUGUAUGGUUUUUUUUCCUCAUGCCUAGUUAGUCUCCACAAAGUUAGAAGGAAUCUGCUGGAGGUGGGUUGUCCUACUGCAGACUUUGCCGAUAGCUGCUGAUGAGUGUGACCAACAGUAGCCCAGCUGCAGAAGUUACAACAAGCUUCCCAUGUGAGAUACAGGCCAAGGAAAAGAAUAAAGCUAUUCUCUGCACUCCCCUUCUUGUAGCAGUUUCUCUAUACACUGUAGAGUUCCAGAAAUAAAGGGAGAACCCACUUUUUUUUUUCCCAGGAGACUCCAGAAAUAGGAGGAUUGUGUAUUUAGUGAAAAACUAGGUUUGUAGUGAAACAGUUAAUAUUUCAUGAAAGUAGAUAUUUUUAGUAUUUUUGAAGUACCACAACAGUUCCUGGAUUUUCAAGGAAAGGCGCAUUACAUUUAGUCUUCCUUUCAAUAAAAUCAAUAAGUGAUUUUUAGAAAGCAGUCCAAAAUAGCACAAAAACAGCCAAAGGAGAGUGAAUAGAAAUUGACACCCCACCUCCCUUGCCCAUAUUCCUCACCUAUCUUCCCCCUUCUCCCUGUGCCACCCUACUUCCUCUGAAUGAGAAGUAAAAAAGAGUAUAAACUCUGUUUUCAUGUGGAGAUGUUGUACAUCUCUCCCUGCACUGGUGACUGCAGGCAAUAGUUCACCCAAUACCAGUGCUAGCUGAAAUCAUCUAUCCUUUCCAAAGUGAAGGAAAAGUUAACUUUCAGUGUCAACUCUGUUCAGAACUAUUUUAAGUAAAAUGUUCCUGCUUGGUAGAGCUGUAUUCCGAACUGACUAACGUGGGCAUCGCUGCGCUGGGUUUCCUGGUGCGGGCACCCGGGCUGCAUCUCCCGGGCUCCAGCUGUACUGUAGUGCCGCCUGCAGGCCCGUUAAUAUGUUCACGGUUAUUUCAUUUUUUAAAAAAUAAAAGUCAUUUACUGUAAGA